ACCUGGUAAAUCAAAUAUAUAUUUCUACAUAUCUGCAAUCUACAUAUGCCUUUCUAUGUCAUAUUUUUAUUAUUUGUUCUUUCCCCCCAUAAUGCAACACUACACUUGAUGCAGUGUUGUUCUCUUGUGCUCUCUACACUGCUGGCCCUCCCACUUCCUCUCACACACACACACACACACACACUGACUCAGGAGGCCAUCCCCUCUACUCGGUGCUCAGCCUUUUCCACAGAAGCGAAAGUCAGUUCUGCCUCCAACUUGACUGUGUCAGCAGGGGAUAAGAACAGUGAGUGACCCAAGACGAACAGAAAGUGAUGCAAAAUGGCAGAGGCCAGUGUUGUAUUGGGCCAAGACCAGUUUAGCUGUCCAAUCUGUCUGGAUCUACUGAAGGAUCCAGUCACUCUUCCCUGUGGUCACAGUUUCUGUAUGGACUGCAUCACAGGCUGCUGGGAUCAGGAAGAGCUGAAGGGAGUCCACAGCUGCCCACAGUGCAGACAGACCUUUACACCCAGACCAGUUCUGGGCAGGAACACAAUGCUGGCUGAAGUGGUGGACAAACUGAAGAUCAUGGGACCUGAUGUCUGUGUUGGGAGAAAACAAAUGGCAGUCAAGUCCUGUCUGGUCUGUCUGUCCUCUUACUGUAAAACUCACCUCAGAGUUCAUAAUGAUCUCAACCCAGGGAAGAGACACAAAGUGGUUGAUGCUGCUGGUAAACUAGAAGAUCUGAUCUGCUAUCGUCAUAAUAAACUGCUGGAGGUCUUCUGCUGCACUGAUCAGACAUGCAUAUGUGUGCUGUGUGUCAUGGAUGAACACAAAGGACAUGAUACAGUUUCAGCUGCGGCCGAGCGAGUUGAAAAACAGGUAAGAGAAUCCAGAGAGCUGCAGAAAACCCAGCAGACAAUCCAUGAGAGACAUAAGCACCUGCAGCAGAUGAAAGAGGACAUUAAGUCUCUUAAGCACUGUGCUCAGGCAGCAGUGGAGGACAGUGAGAGGAUCUUUACUGAAAUGAUCCGCUCCAUUGAGAGAAGACGCUCUGAGGUGACACAGCAGAUUAGAGAUCAGGAGAAGGCUGAAGUGAGUAAAGCUGAAGAACUCGUGGAGAAACUGGAGAAGGAGAUUGCUGAGCUGAAGAAGAGAGAUGCUGAGUUGAAGCAGCUUUCACAAACAGAGGAUCAUACAAGCUUUCUCCGGAGUCUUCAGUCUCUGUGUUCUUUGACUGACCCAGUGGAUUCAUCAUCCAACCUCAGUGUGUGUUCAGAUGUGUCAUUUGAAGAAGUGAAGGAGAAUGUGUCUCAGUUGAAAGACAAAGUGGAAGAUUUACUGAAGUAUGGAGCAGACCAGAUUUAUAUGAGAGCAAAAGCCACCAGACAAGACUUCCUAACAUACUUAUGCCAACUCAAUCUAGAUCACAACACAGCAAAACCAAAUCUUUAUUUGUCUGAUAGUAAUAAUGAAGUCACUUUUAAACUUAAGACACUGUCAUAUCCUGACAAUCCAGAGAGAUUUGACUAUUGGCCACAGGUGCUGUGUAAGGAGGCUGUAACUGGAAGAUGCUACUGGGAGGUGGAGUGGAGCCUGGGUGACAUACAUGUAGACACGGAAUGGGGAGGUUUUGUAGCAGUGUCCUACAAAGAGAUCUGCAGAAAGAGACGAGGCCAAGAGGUACUGUUUGGGUUCAACAAGCACUCUUGGAGUUUAGACUGCUGGUCCACUAAAUGCUCUUUCAUACACAAUGAAGAGGUGACGCAACUCGGUGUUAUUCCCAGCAGAAGAAUUGGAGUGUAUGUGGAUCACAAAGCUGGAAUUCUGUCUUUUUACAGCAUCUGCAUCUGUGACAAAAUGACCCUCCUGCACAAAGUCAAGACCACAUUCACUCAGCCACUCUAUCCUGGUUUUUGUUUACGUUAUUUAAACACAAAAGUGAAGCUAUGCCAUUAGGUAUGCCAUUUUGUUUGGGUGUCACCUGUCUCAGUCAAAUGCAUAUUUAGUGCCAAAAUCGAAAAAUGUGCUUAUUUAGGAAGCCCGAGGCAUUUUUGAGACAAAGUUGGCAACCAGUCUUACUUUGUCAAUUUGGGUGUGCUGAAUUAAAAUCUGCAAUACAAGCUCUAUCUGAGCUCUGGUGACAUAGAGGUCAUUGAACUGUGGGGCUGUAAGCGUCCUAGCUGAACACAGUUCCUCAGCUUCAUAAGCAAUGAAAUGUACUAAAAUGAUUAAUUAAGUUAACAAAUGGCCUUGUUUGGUAAAUAUUGGGGUGCUGAAUUCACUUUUUCAUUUGCAAAACCACAUAGAGGUCAGUGGUGUCAUUGAUAAUGAAAUGUUGUCCCAUUCCAGUUCCAGGUUCCAGUUCACCUAAUUAGUUGUGAAAUGUUCUUCCUUUUGUUGUCUUUAUCAUUACACCACUUUUCCAGCCAGACGUGUUGCUGUUAUCAAAUUCAAAAUGUGCUUAUAUUUUCAAUGAAAUAGUCAAAUGUAUCUCCUUCAACAAUUGAUAUGUUCUCAAUCAAAUAUAGGGUUAACAUGAUUUGUAUAUUAUAUCAUUCUUUUUUAUUCACAUUUCACAGAACAUCCCAACUUUUUCAGAGUUCGGGUUGUAUUAUUUUUAUCUAUUUUUAUUUUUCCUUGUUCCUCUACAAUUUUAUGUAGCUUCUCAUUAGUUUUUAUUUAGUAUUGUUUUUACUACAAUUAUUACUUCGUAACACUUCAUUGUUACUGGCUUUACUGAAAAUGCAGAUUACCCUCAAUGAACCUCCGAGACUAAAUAAUGGUUGAGUGAAUGAAACAUGUAUUUGUUGUCAAAGAAAGCAGGGCUCUACACAUAACAACGUCAUAAUAUUUAAUAUGGCUAUUCCAGAUUUGUAUUUUUGAGAUUUUUCUCAUUUACACCUUUGAAAGAGAUGUGCUGUGUGUUUUGGUGCUGGGUGGCACUGCUGCAGACCUCUCUGUUUUCUCUAUUUAGACAACGCUUUUGUUUACACCGUGAUAGAUUCUAGUUUGUUUACACCGUGCUGGGUUCUAGUUUGUUUACACCAUGCUGGGUUCUAGUUUGUUUUACCGUGCUGGGUUCUAGUUUGUUUACACCGUGCUGGAUUCUAGUUUGUUUUACACCAUGCUGGGUUCUAGUUUGUUUUACACCGUGCUGGGUUCUAGGGUUCUAGUUUGAGCUGGAUGAUUUUUUUGAAGAUGAUGAGACACUGUCACACAAUAAAAUGUCAAUUUCUUAUCACUGAUUUUCAUGAUGUAGGCCAGAGUGAGUGAGUGAGUGAGUGUGUUGGCCUGGAUGUAGUUUGUGUAUGGGGAACGGGCAGUGGUUUAGACUAGUUAGCUAGGUAUAGUGGAUAUACUGUGAUCAACCCCAAAUGUUAAUAACCCUUGCUUAUUUUAAGUGGGUAUACUGAGAUGGUGAUGCUUUUGAAGUGGGUAUACUGCGUAGUCCUGUGUAUCACAUAGACUACUGAAAUGUAGAGGUGUACGCACAUCUAUACUGAUUCUACAGGUGCUGGAUACUAGAAAUACUGAGCAAAACAAAAGAAAAGAUAUCCGCAGACUGUUUCUAAAGCUCCCAGUUUAAUGGUGGGUGAUACACAACGUUUCGACCACUCAGGUCUGACGAAG